AUGGCAGCAACAGCAGCUUCUUCGUUUUCAACUGUUGCUUACUCGUCUAGAGCCAGAGCCAGCUCCUUACCACAUUCCAGAUCCAAAGCUGUAAACUUUCACUCAGUCCCUACCUUCACCAGCCUAAGAUCAUCGUCUCUCAUCUCCGGACACGAUUCUCUCAACAAAGCCACUCUUCGCGGCGGUUCUGUAAUGAAAUCCCAAACAUCUGACAAGACACCAUACGGUUUCAAAAUCAACGCUUCGUACAAAGUCGCCGUUCUCGGCGCUGCCGGAGGAAUCGGUCAGCCAUUGUCACUUCUUAUAAAGAUGUCUCCUUUAGUCUCCACGCUUCACCUCUACGACAUCGCCAACGUCAGAGGAGUCGCCGCUGAUCUGAGCCACUGCAACACGCCGUCUCAGGUCCGUGACUUCACCGGUCCUUCUGAGCUGGCAGAUUGUUUGAAAGACGUCAACGUUGUGGUUAUCCCCGCCGGUGUACCGAGAAAGCCCGGUAUGACCCGAGACGACCUCUUCAACAUCAAUGCCAACAUUGUCAAGACGCUCGUCGAAGCUGUCGCUGAUAACUGCCCCAACGCGUUCAUCCACAUCAUCAGCAACCCGGUUAACUCCACCGUGCCGAUUGCUGCUGAGGUUUUGAAGAAGAAAGGAGUUUAUGAUCCCAAGAAGCUCUUUGGUGUCACUACUUUGGAUGUUGUGAGAGCAAACACUUUUGUUUCUCAGAAGAAGAACCUUAAGCUCAUUGAUGUUGACGUUCCGGUGAUCGGUGGUCACGCCGGUAUCACCAUCUUGCCUCUGCUCUCGAAGACCAAACCGUCUGUGAACUUCACUGAGGAAGAGAUUCAAGAACUGACGGUUAGGAUCCAGAACGCUGGGACAGAGGUUGUUGAUGCUAAGGCGGGUGCUGGUUCGGCUACUCUGUCGAUGGCGUAUGCUGCAGCGAGAUUUGUGGAGUCGUCUCUUCGUGCUCUUGAUGGAGAUGGAGAUGUCUACGAGUGCUCGUUUGUGGAGUCGACGUUGACGGAUCUCCCUUUCUUUGCGUCGCGGGUUAAGCUUGGGAGGAAUGGGCUUGAAGCUGUGAUUGAGUCUGAUCUCCAGGGAUUGACUGAGUAUGAGGAGAAGGCGUUGGAAGCUCUUAAGGUAGAGCUGAAAGCAAGCAUUGAGAAGGGUGUUGCAUUUGCAAACAAACCUGCUAACUAG